CGAUCCGAAGGAUGACGGAAAAGACCGAAAGGUUGCGACUGCUCGGAUAUAUUGACAGGAUUACGAGAAUGGAAUUAUUUUAUUUUAUGCCUUCGUUUUGACCAUUUUAUUGUGAUUUAGAAGAAUUUCAAAAUGCCAGAAAAACCGGACAAUUUAACAUUUAAGCAGACGCUUAAAAUGCGUCGGAAUUAUGUAGGGAGAUCUUGUAAGCUGCAUUAUGAAGUCUCCCCCCUGAAGAUAGUAAGGGCCUCCCGACAGUACAUGUAUGAUGACUCUGGUAAUGAAUAUCUAGACUGUAUCAACAAUACAUCUCAUGUUGGUCACUGUCAUCCACAUGUAAUAGGGGCUGGACAGGAGCAGAUGUCCAAGUUGAUCACAGCGUAUGGUUUUCUCACAGAUUGCCAGGUGGAGUAUGCUAAACGGAUUGUUGAGCUUCUCCCAGAGAGCCUUUGUGUGUGCUAUUUCCUCAACUCUGGGUCAGAGGCAAAUGAUUUAGCCUUGAGAUUAGCAAGGUCAUACACUAAACAAAAUGAUGUCAUUGUUGUAGAUAAUGCAUAUCAUGGUAACACAGAAAAUCUGAUAAAGAUCAGUCCAUCUAGAUUAAAACAACACAAUCUACCAAAAGACGACUGGGUUCAUAUAGUUCCUGUACCAGAUACAUACAGGGGAAAGUAUAGGGAAGACUCCCUUAGUCCUGGUCACUUGUAUGCUCAGGAGGUGAAAACUGCCAUCAGAAAAGCUGUGGACAAUGGAAGAAGUGUAGCUGCAUUUAUGAGUGAGCCAGUAAUGACAAGUGCUGGCACUAUUGUCCCUGCCCCAAACUAUUUCAAAUAUGUUUACAGGUAUGUACGUGAGGCGGGUGGUGUAUGUAUAGCAGACGAGAUCCAGACUGGACUUGGUAGAUGUGGCGAGAAAUAUUGGGCAUUUGAGAGUCAAGAUGUAGUCCCAGAUAUUAUCACUCUAGGAAAACCAAUAGGAAAUGGACAUCCUAUGUCAAUUGUCAUCACAACGAAGGAAAUCUCAGACUCUUUAAAGGAGUUCAGUAGUACAUUUGGAGGGAAUCCAGUUGCCUGUUCUAUGGGGAUGGCUGUACUAGAUGUAAUAAAGAAUGAACAGUUACUGUCUAGUGCCAAGUCGGUUGGCAAGUGUCUGAUUCAGGGAUUUAAGGCAAUCAUUGAUAAUCACAGAAUGAUGGGGGAUGUCAGAGGUAUUGGGAUGUUAAUGGGUGUUGAGAUAGUGAUAGAUAAAGAGAGCAGAAAACCUAACAAAGAUGCUGCAGAACUUCUUGUUUACAAACUGAAGGAGAGGAAGGUUAUCACAUCAAAUGAGGGGCCAGAUAAAAAUGUAAUCAUUUUCCAGCCUCCGAUGUGUUUUACAUGUGACAACGCACGCACUGCAGUACAAGCAUUGGAUCAGGCUUUAACAGAAGUUGAAAAUGAGGCUACACAAGUCUCCCAGGAGUCUAAUGAUACCAUACAGGUGCCGUUGAGUAUUCUUACAGGAAUAAAGCAUAAACUAGACAGUGAUGAUGACGACGAUGAUGAUGAUGAUGAUGAAUCUCCAAACAAACGCAAGAAAGUCAGUUAUGAAGAAAUGGACUAAUUUAUUUUAUAUUCCAUACUUGUAUACCGUACUUGUAUAAAUCUGUAAAUUAUGAAUGUUCUUACUGGUAAUCAUUGUUGGAUACCCACUGCCUUACAUUUAUCAGCUGUGGGAUUUUCUAACAAUUUCCAGUCAAUAAGGGGUGUGUCAAAGACAUCUGUUUCAUUUGUUGCCUUACAAUUUGAUGAGGAGAUUGAAACAAAUCAAAAUGCUUGUUCUAUACAACAUUCCGUAUAACAGACAAAAUUUCCGCAACCAAUAAAAUUCAGCUGUGAAAAGUUUGUUCAGUAUUAAAAAUGCCAAUGAUUUCCAGCAAAAACACAUAGCAAAUUUACUGUUACUGAUAGUCUUUACUUGCCAUUGAAGAAUAUAAAUUAUAUUAAAUGCGAUUUCAUUGGUUAUUAUUUCAAGCACCUGUUGCUGUAUAUUGACGCAAAUUGAUUUAUUUUACCCACAGCUUGAUUACAUGUUAAUCAAUCGUGAGUAUCCAACAAUGAAUUAUACUAUUUUACAGUGUUUCUUUCACAAAUCAUCAUUUUAUGUGCAAUUCUCCUUUGAUAUCAGAUAAUGUUUAUAAUAUUUAUUUAAAAGAAGGCAUCAUUUUGACUUCCCCCAAACUAAAUGUUCAUCUUUAAAGGGAUAAACAGGCAAAUUAUUGACAAAAAUAUUAAAAUGAGUUUAUGUACUCAAAUCAAUCUGAAAUGAUAUUUUUUAAUGUCCCAGCAUGAAUUUCUGUAUAAAUUCUAUAUAUUUUGGGUUUGAAGCGUAAAUAUACCUAUAUGUUUUGAAUGAAAUUUAAACACCGACAGAAUCGCCAAGCAGUUUUAAAACAAGUUAUGUGACUUGAACAAACUUUGGGAGUUACAACAACAGACAUUGUGGAUAUUGUAUGAUCAAAACAAGUGAAAGCCAUUCAUUUGACAUUGAAUGUUUCCACAACUCACUGUGACAACUAUUGUGAAAUGAAACGCUCUAACCUGACCCAUGCGGGUCACAUUAGGAAACCACCACUUUAUUUGUUAUAAGGAGAAAAGUUUUGUUCCAGUGACUGUCUAGUGUAUUCAUUUUGAGGACAUUAACAUCAUAAUAAAUGAAAAAUUAAAAACAAACAAAUUGAAAUUUUGCCUGUAUCUCCCUUUAACUGGUAUUUUAUAUACUUUUGAAGUCAACAGUUUUAUAUUUUAAUAAAUAUUGUAUGUGAAAGUAAAUUUAAAAAGAUAACAAGUCAUGUUUUACUUGUUAAUUAUGUUUAAGUAAGUAAUUCAUCUUAAACAAAAUAAAUGAAACUUUAUAUUGAGAAAUUAAUUUUUAUAUUUAAUUAAAUUUGAUUGCCGGUUCAGACAAUUGAAGCUUGGCAAUUCAAGUUAACAAACUCAGCAAGUUAAGGGGAAAUGAAUUAAAGACUACACAAAAUAAAUUGGCUAAAUUUAACUUCUGAAUACUCUGAACAGAACAGAACAGAAAUACAAAUUGCUUAUGAUGUUAGUUUAGGGCUAUCUUUUUUUUUUUUUUAAAUUUUUAAGUGUUUUUACAUAUGUAUAAAUUCAUUCUUUUUCCUACUAAAUAACAUGUGUUCAAAACAUUUACUUUCUUUUUUUUAUGUAAAAGAAACAUUCCAGUUUUCGUUUAGAUAUUACUUCCCUGGAGAUGUUUUCUUGAAACAUUUUAUCAUUGUAUAAAGUUUUCAUUUUCUGUUUUUGUACUUUGCAAUAUUUUUAACGAGAAUUAUUCUUCAGUGUGUAUUGACUUGAAUUCUUGAAGCCUUUUUAAUAUCUCUCUUUUAAGUUAAUUAAUGAUAAGGUAUUAAAGUUCAUGUAAACUUUAUGCUUCUGUAUUGUUACUAUGAACUAGUGUAAAGAAAAGAGAUAAAAUUUAGGCUGGGUGGUUUAUGGGGCAUAUGGUUAUGUAAUAUCUUCAUUUACAUAACAAUCUUAUUGCGUUUGUGGGAUAAAAUGUGAAAUAAAAAAAAUCCUUGUUAUUCAUUCAGUCAAUUAUUGUAAUGUUCAAGUAUGUGAUAAUCUGAUGUCAUAUCUUGUUCUGUAACUCACCAUGACAUUUGAUAUUGCUUUAAUAGUUAUAUAUUGUUCAUUAAUAUUUUAUUAAAUGCUAUUUUUUUUCACAUAUUUGAUAUUUAGAUUGAUUAAUUUUGAUUGAUACAGAAUAAAUGUAUUCAUUAAUUGGUUGUUUGGUUGAUAGAGUUUUAAUGACUGAGCAGUCAAGGUUUUAUUGAUUGAUUGAUUCGUUGUUUGGUUGGCUUAUUGAUUGAUUGAUUGAUUGAUUGAUUGAUUGAUAUUUACAUGUCAUUUUAUGUCAGUUUUUCUGUGUGUGUCCAGAAAGGUAACCCAUACUUUCAAACAGAUAUUUUCCCUCGACAUGUUGGAGGUAGAAAAGUUUGUGUACUAGUAGAUAAUUAUUAAUUAACUGUUUCCAGAAUGAUUUUAGAUAUUUUGUGAAUAUGAAUAAAAUUGUUAUGUUUUACUUUUUUUUUAUAUUUCCUUUAAGUUUUAUUAUUAAAUCUUUUUCUAGUUUUGUUAAAAGAAAGAUAUUUUUUGGUCCCAUUACAUUUUAGAACAUUUUUGUUAAUUUAUUUUUAUAAUGUAAAAGUAAGAAAGGGACGUAUCCUAAUUUUAAAUGAAGGACAUACAUGUAAUUAAUUUCAUACAUAGUUUGUACAUUAUAAUGAAUAUAUAAGAUCUUGCAUGAGUUGCUAUAUAAUGUACAAUAACCAAGUUAGUAAAGAGUCUCUGGAUGAGUAAAAAUAAAAUUUCAUAUUAUUUAACAACAAAUGUGAAAUUUGUUUAAUCUUGUAACUAAUCACAUAGAAAUAUACUAGAAAAUAAACAUAUUUUGUGCUUGCUUUAGUAAGCCAUUUUUCCUAAUGAAACCCCCUUGUGACUGAGGAGUUGCCUUUAACUGUUGAGGCAUCAGAUUUGAAGUCUACAGUGUUUUCCUGCGCGAAUGUUAGUGAAUGUUAGAGGCGGCUAAAUGGGUUCAAAUUCCUGGAGUGUAUGCAUCUCUUAGCUCCAACCGGUGAGGUGGUUUUGACCCCUGGUGUUUGUUUUGAGUUAGUAACAUCCAAGGUUAGCCAAAAUCAUCUUUCCUGUUUAGGCGCCUUAUGACUCAAAUUGUGUAGGUGAGCUGUAAAACCAAUCAAACAAUUUCCUAAUGAAAAGUAUCUGCAAAAAUGAUGUCACAAUAUUGUUACAUGUAUAUUAUGUUAUAAUUAUGUUUCAUGGUAAACAAGCGACUUCACACUAAAGUCAGUCAUGAAGUAGACUUAUUACAUGUACCAAGAAAAUUCUUAAUUAGCCUAGGCCUAAUUAAUUCUGAAAGUAGCUGAAAAUUGUUAUAAGAAAAUAAUCACGUUAUAUUUAAAAAAUACAUUGUUAUAUGCGAGAGAUUGGCAUUAUUAUCACUAUACAUAUAGUAGUAAUAAAGAAUUAUAUGAAAUGAUAAGAACUUUCUAUAUAUACCUCAUUCUGAGACAUGACCUUCACCUUGUUCUUUAUGAACAGAUUUAGAACGCAAGUAUGUAUGUUUAAUGAAGAUAACUUGUUAAAUGAAAAUUUCAUAAUACGGCCCGGGUGAAUGAUAUUAGGCUAUGAUAUAUUAUUUAAGAUAAUUGGAAAUAAAUAGAGAAAUUCACCUUUAUUACAUUAUGGAAUUGAUAAUGGCUCUCAUUGCUAGGGAAACAAAAUGAUAUGUUGAAUAUUGUAGAUUGUUAUAAAAUAUUGCAAAAUUAGUAGCUUGUUGAUCUUUUUUAAAUACAUAUGUACAUGGUUGUGAUUUACAUACAUUUGACAUGUAUGAAGAGGAUGAAUUUCAAAUGUUAUUUUUUUUAAAUGUUAAAAAAUGUAAUAUUUUAUUAUAAGUGUAUGUAUUAUUUCUAUAAUUGUUAUAUACUGUUUGUAAUUGGAUUUGUUAAUUUAUAAAAUUCAAAUACAGUUUACUGUACUCCAUUCAUCUGAUGUACUAAUAUUUGAUAAUGUAUGCUUUAAAUGUUACAAUUUUUAAGUUAACAUUGGUUAAUUUUUGCAUUGCAAGUAAUUAUAUUUUUGGGAUGUCGGUGGCCAGAGUGCGUUGACAUCAAAUCACUUGGCCCUCAUUGCUGUUGGUUCGAAACCCAACAGGGACUUUGGAUUCUUUCAUGUGAGGAAGCUAUCCAGCUAGCUUACGGAACGUCAGUAGUUCUACCCAGGUACCCAUUCGUGCGUGAAAUAAUGCACUGAAGGGCACGUGAGCUCCUCUUCCAACAGUAAAGCUGGAACAUCGCCAUAUGACCUUUGCUGUGACAUAAAACCCAAAUAAACAAACAAAAAAAGAUUAUUUUUGUAGUGUACAUGAACGAAACGUAGUACAUGAGAUAAAUAGAGGGACAAAUAUAAGGCUGAGACUGUUGUUGUUAUUAUGACGUAUUUAUUGACCGGAUGUGGUCAACAGGGUGUUGUUGUGUCAAUCUAAAGCUCAAUAUAAUCACCUAUUUGAUGGUAUAUAGUAUAAAUGAACAUAUGUCAUUCAUUUUCAUAAUUUUCUUUGUUGCCAGAUAUUUUAAAGGUCCUUUAAGCUAAUGAUAUCAUUUCCUAGAACCAUUGGGUUUUUUGGUUUCCUGCUACAUUUCCCAAAGAGAUACUCAUUGGCUAUUUUAUUGCCCUUUUAACAGAAAGAAAAAUGUAGUCAUUUCUGAGACUUUAGUUGCCUUUAACAUUAUAUUUUUUUUUUAAUUUGUGAAAUAUACCUUCCCUGCCUUGAAUUUAUAUUAGUUCAUUGUAGAGAUAUUUUUGUACCUAAACACUAAAAUGAAGCAGUAAUGAAAUUUUAAUAUAUUUUGAUCACCAAUCACUUAAGUUUUUACUUUGACCUCCCUCUUUACUUGUUAUAUAGGCAAGUGUUAAUUCGCAUUCAUGGGGUUGAAUAAAGUUAAGGUAUUCUACUGAGCCAUCGAAGAAAUCAUAAAUAGGCUAUGUUUAUUUAUAUUUUAACACUUCCUGGUAUUGAGACAGUUUGUCCAAGAAUAUAAGUAUGUAACAUUUAGCAAGGGAGCGCUAUCAGCGAAAAUGAUUAGCUUAUGUCAGGAACAUUGAGUUAGUUCCCAAACUGAUUACUUCAGUUAUUAUAGUUCAUAUGUCUAAGGUUUUACCUGUUGCUCAAAGACUUCAUGUUAUUUAUUAGAAUUAAUUUAGCAACUUCGUUUAUUACUGGUAAAUUAUUCAUUUUAUGUCAAUGUCAAACAGGAAUUUAUGCCAGUAUUUCAUAGUUUGUAAAUUUGUAAAUAAUUAAACCAAAAUAAAGUAUAAAAAAUAUGUUUUUACAUGAAACAUUUAACACACCAGUUCAACAAUGUGGUCAAUAUGAAGAUGAUGAUACAAUGUAAUAUGUGAUAUAUUGUAUGUUGACAGUUGUGAAUAUGUUUCUUGUUGUUAAAUGCAAUAAAAAUAAUAAAAUUAACGGU